GCUGACCUGACCGAGUGCACCUCCACCUUUCCACUACCCCCCGCACAGUGCACACGCAGUUCGCACCCACGCCCCCCGCAGGCCGGAGGAGCCAGCCGCGAUGGCGCAGCAGCCCCCGCACCGGCACGCCAAGACGGACUCGGAGGCGACGUCCAGCAUGGCGGCGGCCUACUACGUGCAGUCGCCGAGCCACGACGACGGCGAGAACAAGACGGCCGCGUCCUCCUUCCACUCGUCCCCGGCGGCGUCCCCGCCGCGGUCGCUGGGCCGGGCGUCAAGGGACUCCUCCUCGUCCUCCCGCUUCUCCUCCGCCAAGGCCGCCUCCUCCUCCGUCGCUGUCCCCGUCCCCGGCGCCGGCGCCGGCGGGCGGCGGCGCGGCAGCCCGUGGAUGAAGGAGGCGGCCAUCGAGGAGGAGGGUCUCCUCGGCAUGUCCGACGACGACGACGGCGACGGCACCAGCCGCGGCGCGCUCAGCGCGAUCCCUAAGAGGGCGCGCUACGCGCUGGGCUUCGCGGGCGCCUUCCUCGCGCUCUUCUUCCUCUUCGCGCUCGUCCUGUGGGGCGCCAGCCGCGCCCAGCGCCCCGUCGUCACCCUGCGCUCCGUCACCUUCCACCGCUUCGUCGUCCAGGCCGGCACCGACGCGUCGCUCGUGCCCACCGAGAUGGCCUCGCUCAACGCCACCGUCGCCCUCGCCUUCCGCAACGCCGGCACCUUCUUCGGCGUCCACGUCUCCGCCGACCCCGUCACGCUCCACUACACCCAGCUCCAGCUCGCGUCGGGCGAUAUCAAGUAUUUCUACCAGCCGCGGAAGAGCCAGCGCGGGCUGGCGGUGGCGGUGGUGGGCGACAAGGUGCCGCUGUACGGCGGCGGGUCGGGCCUGAGCAGCACCGCGACGACGCUGCCGCCGCCCAGGAAGCGCGCGCCGGCGGUGGUGGUGCCGCCGCCGCCCGUGCCGCUGCAGCUGGCGGUGCGGCUGCGGUCGCGCGCGUUCGUGCUGGGCAGGCUCGUCGCCCCCAAGUUCUACACCGAGGCGCGGUGCCGCGUCACCAUGGACCAGACCAGGCUCGGCAGGCCCGUCUCCCUCGCCAAGGCCUGCACCUACACCCACUAGCUAGAGCGAAAGCGAAACACGCGCGCGCGCGCGCCUGCUGCCCUCGCCGUUUUGUUCUUCACUUGAGUUCUCUCUCCGUCGUCGUUAUACUACUACUACCGCCUGCGUGUGCUUGCGUGCGUGCGUUACAUUUGGAUGCAUGGGGCCAUUGUUGCUCGGUUGUUGUCAUGUAUGUACAGAGGAUUUCUUUUUUUU